CCGUGUUGUUUUCGGCUGUGAAGUCCGCUAGUCCACUGAAGUCUGGGGCUGCUAGGAAGGCUGCUGUUUCGCAGGGCCCUGCGGACGGAACAGGGCGAGGGAGAUGAUCUCCGCCGCUCCAUUCGUGGGCUGAGGAGAGGCCGUUCUGGUAGGGCGGCAGGCCAGCCACCGCGCGGGGCGCCGGCCGAAGGGUGCAUUGUCGUCCUGUACAGCUGCUGCUGAAUGUCGGCUCCAGAGGAUGAGGAGCGGCUAUUGCCACUCACCCAGAGAUGGCCCCGAGCGAGCAAGUUCCUACUGUCUGGCUGCGCGGCUACCGUGGCCGAGCUAGCUACCUUUCCCCUCGAUCUCAUAAAAACUCGGCUCCAAAUGCAAGGAGAAGCUGCCCUUGCUCGGCUGGGAGACAGUGCAGGAGAAGCUACUCCCUAUAGGGGCAUGGUACGCACAGCCUUGGGGAUUGUUCAAGAGGAAGGCUUUCUCAAGCUUUGGCAAGGAGUGACACCCGCCAUUUACAGACACGUAGUGUACUCUGGAGGUCGAAUGGUCACAUACGAACAUCUCCGCGAAGUUGUGUUUGGCAAAAGUGAAGAUAAACAUUAUCCCCUUUGGAAAUCAGUGAUUGGAGGGAUGAUGGCUGGUGUGGUUGGCCAGUUCUUAGCCAACCCAACUGAUCUAGUGAAGGUUCAGAUGCAGAUGGAAGGAAAAAGGAAACUGGAAGGAAAACCACUGCGAUUUCGUGGUGUGCAUCAUGCAUUUGCGAAAAUCCUAGCUGAGGGAGGAAUACGUGGGCUUUGGGCAGGCUGGCUACCCAAUAUACAAAGAGCGGCACUGGUCAAUAUGGGAGAUUUAACCACAUAUGAUACAGUGAAACACUACUUGGUACUGAAUACACCCCUGGAGGACAACAUCAUGACUCAUGGUUUAUCUAGUUUAUGUUCUGGACUGGUAGCUUCUAUUCUGGGAACACCAGCUGAUGUCAUCAAAAGCCGAAUAAUGAAUCAACCACGAGAUAAGCAAGGAAGGGGACUUUUGUAUAAAUCAUCUACCGACUGCUUGGUUCAGGCCGUUCAAGGGGAAGGAUUCAUGAGUCUCUAUAAAGGCUUUUUACCAUCUUGGCUGAGAAUGGUAAAGUUAGGCCUUUCCUUCCUUUGUUUUGUUUCUUUGUUUCUUUUCUUUGUGCUUAAAUUACUUUCAGUCUGUAAAUAGUCCCCCUUCUCUCUCUGGUUUUUGGCAUGGCCCUGCCUCCAAAACACAGUUUGUUCUUUUUUAUAUUUCUUUUUGUUUUAUUUAACUUCUCAGAGUUCUAUUAUCUUCUUCAGUAAAAUAAAAUAAUUCGGUUGCAUCCAGAAACUAAUAUUGUUGGUAUAAAGCCAGAGGAUAGAUUCUUCUGCUAUGUAAAGCCUUUAGUACUCUAUUUAGCCAAAAUACUAUAGUUUUAGACAGGUAUAAUGAUGUAAUACUAGAGAUCACUUCUAUGAAAAUGCUACUGUUGCAAAAAAAAAUUGUCACUUUGAUGGCAAAUGUUGCAUUACCCAUUCAUCUUAUUACCACAAAGCUCUGCUCAGUAAGAAAGCAUUGUGUCAUGUUUAUUUGGUUUAGAGGUUAUUUUUUACUGAAGUAAACCAAUAUGUAGAAGUAGAUAGACUUAUUUAAGAAACAUAAAAAUAUAAUAAAAACAAAGUACUCCUAUAUUUUGUAAGUUAAAAAAUAUUUGAAAGAAUGGGUGAGUUGUGGGUUUAAAUUCACAGAAGCAGUUCUUCACAUGAUAUAAUAUUAAUUGAGUGCCUGCUCCAGGCGAAGCCCUGUACCCUGCGCUUUGGGAUGAACAGAAGAGUCUCAGCCCCUGCCCUCUUGCUGGAGCUUUUUAUUGAGUAGGAAACUAGAAGUGGUGAGUGGUAGGUAAAAGUGCAUGGUGCUGCGGUAAUAUAUGCCAAGUAAGUAUAGCUUAGGCUGAAAGAUGAAGAAAACCUCCUUGGAGAAUGGACUUUUGAAUUGAGAGCUGAGAAAUGAGUAGUACUUAGUGUAGUGAAAAGGGCAGAAAGGAACGUUCUAGGUAGAGGGAAUAGUCGGAGCGGACAGAGAACAUGAAUGAAAACAAGCAGGCCAAGUCCCAGAGACAUGGAAGAUGGUGAUAGAGGGCGAGACCAGAGAAAGGCUGGGACCGGCCUGGGAAAGGUCACUCUUACAGAAGGAUCUGUAAGAGUGAUGGACACCACCUGGAUGGUAUGUGCAUUUUUAGAAAGAUCCUUCUGGCUGCCAUGUGGUUAUGGAAAAGUCUGGGAUGGUGAUAGAUGAAAGAUAGUGAAAGCUUGGACUAGAUUCUAACAGUGGGGACAAAAGGAGGUAGAUUCUAAAGGAGGUAGUUUUAGAUUCUAAAACUAUCUAGGUGAUAGAAUUGUGACCGGAUGGGUGGAGAAAUGAUUGGAGAAGACAAAGAGAAGCUGGGUCUCAUUUCCAGACUUUUGCCCUGAGUAACAGAUAACGUAAUCUCCUUAAAUGGGAAUCUUUUGUAGGGAAGAAGAUAUUGUGGCAGAAUAACAAGCUUAGUUUUAGAUAGGUUAAGUUUUGGAUGCUUGUAAGACAUCUAAGAAAAGGUAUCUAAAUGAUUAACUUUACACAUUGGUCCAGGUCUUAGAGACAAUACAGGGAUGGAGAUUUAGAAUUGCCCACCAUCCACGUACAUAUAGAUGGUCAUUGAAGCUUUGAGAAUAAAUGAGGUCACCAAGGGAUAGUAGAUAUCUAUCCAUUAACAGGAAAUAAAUUGCCAAAGCUCUACCCAAGUUGUAAAACAUUAUUUUGACUGUCAGAAUUAUACCUUGAAAUUAUCUUAAAUCUGGAUAUUUCUUACUGGAAAGGAAGAUUUUGGUUUGGUCUGCCUGAACCAGGCACUAUUAUAAGUGCUGGUAACACUAAGGAAUAAGAUGUUUAUUUUUUGCACUAGAGGAGCUUAUAAUGUGAUGGAGAAGAUAGACAUGUAAGUAUUAAAAUUACAGAAAUAGUAAAGCUAAUAUUAUCAAUCACUUUGUAUGUGGCCAACACUGUGCUAAUCAUUUUUGUGGCUUACCUCAUGGAAUUCUCCUAACAGUCUAGUUAGUAGGUUGCUGUCAUCUCUGUCUUUUAUAGAGGAGGAAACAAGAAUCUAAAGAAUCUAGUGAACUUGGCCAGGGUGGGUGGCAAACCAGUGCAGGCAGGGUGUCAAAGCCGUGAGCCCCUCCAGAGGACACAGUCUUGGUAAGGAGGUUAUAUUAGUGCUUCGCCAGUGGUGUGAACAGAACACUGGGGGGAGCGUGAAUGAUGGAUUAAAAUGGCUUUAACUGUUUAACUGCCAUAAAAAGGCAUCACAGAGGUGAUACCUGGUCUAGCUUUGAAGGAUCAGUAGGCAUUUUUUAAGAAAAGCGUGAGGGAGCAGUGUGAACAUGGGCUCAAGCCACAUGUGGACCUGGUGGUGGAGAACUGCAGGGAACUCAGAGUGGCUGGGGAGCCAGUCCUCAGCGGGGAGUAUCAGGAGGGAGGUCUGGGGAAGUACACAACGGCUCGGCUGAGAAGGACCUCAUCGGCCAAGUUUUAUAGUUUAGGUAUCACCCUAUAGUUAGCAAGCAGCUCCUUAAACUUGGGAACAAUGUGCUAAGAUUUAUUUGGGGGCAAGAUUUCUUUGGCAACAAAGGUGGUUUUGACAGUACAGCCAGCAGAUGAUUGUAGAAAUAGGAAAGAAUACACAUUCUAGGAACAUUUAUGGUUAACUCCACAGGGCUUAGUAACUGAUUCGAGGGUAGGAAAGAGGGACUGGUACCUUCAGGUUCUAGUGUGGGGGACUAUGAGGAUGGGUGAGACCGCUGGUGAAAAACAAAAUCAGGGUUGGGAGAGUGAGGGGCAAGAGAACAUCCAAGGACAAAAUACUGAGACUAUAUAUAACACACACAAAAAUGAAUACUUAAUAUGAAACAACCUCCCAGCUAAGCUGUUUGUACAUGUUAACUUUUAAAAUCUUAUGAGAAUCUGGUAAAACAGGUGGUGUUAUCCUUACUUUUCAGAUGAGGCAACUGAGGCAACUGUGGCUCAAAGUAUAAGAAACUCAAGUUCAUGUAGCUAGUAUGUGGCAGAGCUAGGAACUGACUACAGAUCUGUUCAACUCUAGACCCAUGCUGUUAAAUAAGGCCCUGUCCUGAGUGUCUGAAAGUCCCACAGCUGGUGAUAGAAAUUUUAAAAGGAAAGAGAAAGUGUGUAGUGGUAGAGAAGUGUUAACCACAGAAAGUCUGGCUAACCACCAAAGAUCACCAGGGUGACGUCGCCUUGGUGAUUUGCUGCAGUGAAUGACCCUGACCUUGGAAACCUGACCAUUGAGUACUUCUCAGAAAACUGGCCUUGCAAAUACAGAUUCACUUCAGCUGAAUUUAUUGCAGUUGACAAGCAAACUGCAGUGUCACCUCAGUCACAUUGAGAAAUGCACUUGACAAGUGAUUCAGUUGCUGAAGUUCUCUGGACAGCGUGCUUCCUCCUAAAUUCAAGCUAUACGGGGAGCCAUGUCAUAAUCAAAGAUUGCUGAACACAGAAUAAUAACAAGGAAGAGCUAUUUAUAAACUUAAGAAUAUCAACCCAAGAGUCCUUAUAUGUCUGGUUCCACAGUAAUCGACAUGGAGAAGGACUCUGCUGUUUUCUCAAGCACUAUGGCAAUAGGUAGGCCAGAGAAGAAAACAUGGGUUCAUAUACACUUGGGUUAUUUUCAGUGGUACCCCUGUGCCCGUGAGGAAAACUAGUAGAUAUGCGCUACCACAUACACUCCUGCACAGGGGCUCAGUGUGUCCCAUUUACACACUACCCAUGUUUGGGGCUGUGCGGUCUCCCUCUUUAACUUCUACUCAAAGCCAGUUCCAACCCUUUCCACUAGGUAGAGGCAGUAUGACCUUGCUUUGCCCAAUGACUGAUUUAUAUACAUUUCAUUUGCUUAUUAUGUGGUUACUGUGUUGCUAUUGUGAGGAAGAAGUCUACUUACUAGAGCAAGAAGGAAUUAUCACAUAGUCCAUUCUUAACUAAGACCUCAGCUGCUUCAUCUGACUACAGUUAUGUUCUUGGUUCACUUCAUUGUUAUUGUCACAACAAUAUGAUAUCAUCACAGCUUCACAUUCUUUAUUUUGUCUGUGUCUUCAUACAUUUAACUGACCCAGAUGUGGUCUCAUAAAUCUACUAUUUAGUAAAUAAAUUCUCAGUCUACCAAUAUAACAUGCUUAAUAUUUCCAAACACAUUGCCAUAUACAUUGCUUUACAAACUCUCUAACCAAAUACACUUUAUAUUAUAAUUGCUUAAGCUUAUUUCUCUAAUUUGAUAGUGUUUUUCUCUGACCAGCAUUAUCCUUCACUUCUGAACCAAAUCAGACAGGAAUUGGAUCCAAGAUACCCUUUUUCACAAUGGUUACUUCCAAUGUUUACACUGUGAUUUCCCUAUGUCUUUAACAUUUAUAUCUUCUAUUGUCAAAUAACCCUCAUCCCCUUAUAGAUAAUUUCCUUUGGCAUAGUUAUAACUUAAUUCACAUUAGUCAAAUCUUUCUGAGCUGGACGCUCUUCUUUAUUUAGUGUGAGCCUUUAUACUGAUCACUAGGUGUAGGUUUUGUGACCUAACUCUCAGAAGAUACUCUUUCAUCUUCACUGUCAACUCAAGUGCCUCCUGCCACGCUUCGCCUACAAACUGCGGGUAGAGGAGCCCAGCCUGGGACCGAGGGUGCUGGGUCCGAGCCUUUUAGGCAGCAACGCUCGGUAAACAGCACUCUGGGGUGCAGGCCAGAAGCCUGCGGCCUAGACCUACAACGUGCUAUCAUGCAUCUGAUUGCUAAGCUUGGGUGUCCUCAUCUGUAAAAAAAGGGAUAUCCACUGUAGAUUGUUCAGAGAAAAUACAGGACCUGAAAAUGUUCUGUGAGAAAUAUACCACAUGAAAAUGCUUUGUAAGUUAUAAACUGCUUUACAAACGUGAAAUACCAAAAUAUUUAUUUUCAGCGUAGGUGGAUUCAAAAUGACAUUCAAAAAUUUGUAUGCAUAUAUGUAGAAUAUUUAUAAUUCUUGGAAAUAUGCACUAACUUCUUUGGUUAAUCUUUCAGACCCCUUGGUCACUGGUGUUCUGGCUUACUUAUGAAAAAAUCAGAGAAAUGAGUGGAGUCAGUCCAUUUUAAGCCCUUAAAGAUACAGUG